AGAUUGGGCAGGUUGAUGGGAGUGCGCGUGGAUGUCGGUGGGGGUCGGCAUUACAGGCGCGCCUCCGGUAGGAGUGAGUGAGGGGUUAGAGCCCGCUAAUCCGCGUUAACAGAUUAAUUAUCUUUGGGCAACAUCGUGUCACUGCAGUGUUGUGAAGGCGUUUGGGCAUUAAGCUACGGAGGGCUACAAUGCAACGAUAAAGAGUCCCUUAGGGGUGUCUCCUCAAUCUUAAUCCCUCGCGCUCUCUCUCUCUCUCUCUCUCUCUCUCUUGUCUCUCUCUCCCUCUCUCUCUCUCUCGCUCACUCACUCACUCACUCACUCGCGCUCACUGAGAGCUCCUCUCCCAUCCAUCAACACAAGCACCUCUCUACUGUCAUCAGACAACCAGACAAUUAUUGGCCAUUUACUAUUUCGAUAACUACUAGAAUAACUGGCUUUUUUUUUCCUUCUUUCUUUUUUUUUCUCCUUUGUUUUUGUUCAAUCUGACUGAUUUCUGGCAUGUCCACAAGCCAUUUUUUCAGAAUGGUUUUUUUUCAAGAGCAUCAAGCACUGAUGGCUGACAGUAUACCUCUCUGAGUGGGUAAAUAUUUCACGGACGCCGGCGAAGAGAAGCGCCAGAAGGAGAGAGAAACCUCCCGACACAGCUGACAGAGGGUGGAGGAGGGGACCAGCAGCAGUAGAAAAUGGCUGCCAUGACAACGGUACCCAGCUAUACCCCCUCGAUAUGGGUGAGAAUGUGUCACGCCCUCCCCCGGCUGGACCUCACCAUGCAGAUGAGGGACAACAUCUUUGUCCCCGACAGCUGGGAGUACCAGCAGACUCUGCUGGUUCUGUCCAGCUUAUCAGCCAUCGCGCUUGUUAUCUCCCUCUUGGUGGUUCUCUCCUUCCUCAUACACUACUGCUGCUGUCACCGUGGCGACCGGAGCGAGGGAUCAGAAGAGGAGGAGGAGGAUGAGGAUGGGAGCACGGGUCACGGCUACAGCGGGAAGAAGGGGCGGGGCAUCUGCUGCGUCACGUGGGUGGCGGUGGCAGCUGUCACGCUGUGCUGUGUUGCCAUAGGCAUCGGUUUCUAUGGCAACAGCGAGGCUAAUGAUGGGAUGUAUCAGUUGACCUCGUCUCUUCUCACAGCCAAUUACACGCUAGCUUCCAUCGAUCUGCUGAUUUCCGACACCAUUGCUGGACUGCAGCUGUCCGUCUCCGGCCCGCUCACCUCCAUGGAGGAGCUGUUUACCGGCAGUAAGCCUUUCCUGGUGUCGACCAGGAACUGCCGACGGCUGUCGGAGAACGUGAUGAACCUCCUGUCCUCCAUCUCCCUGGCCCGGUUCAGCGUGGAUGCGGGGCUGGGCAACGACAGCAGCGUCAGCGGGGCGUCCAUCACGCCCCUGACCCCUGUCCCGCCCUCUGUGGCCCCCACCGUGGUGCCUACCAGUGGCCUGAUGCCCAACCCCUUCUCACCUGGCUGGGCGGCCAACACGCUGAUGGUCAACGAGGACUACAGGUGGCUGUCGUACGUGUUGCUGCUGCUGCUCGACCUCAUCGUGUGUCUGUUCAUUCUGCUGGGGCUGGCCAAGCAAGCACGCUGGCUGCUGAUCCUGAUGACCGUGCUGGCAUGGCUGGCUCUGUUCCUGAGCUGGGGCUCUCUGGGCCUGGAGACGGCCACUGUGGUGGCCCUCAGUGACUUCUGCUCCGAUCCCAACGCGUUCGUGCUCAACUCCACCAACUUCAACACUGGGACCAGCUCAGAUGUGUUGGAUUAUUACCUGACCUGCAACAGGCGCAUGAACAGUCCGUUCCAGCAGCUGCUGACCCAGUCGCAGAGGGCGCUCUCAAACAUUCACACACACCUCUCCAGUCUGGACAGAAACGCUCUCACGCAGUUCCCCAAAGCUGAGAAAUCACUCAGGGAGGUCCAGCAGAUCCUCAACUCCACAGAGGGGAACUUCCAUCAGUUGGUGGCACUGCUGAACUGUCGGGGUCUGAACAAGGACUAUAUCGACUCACUGAAAGGCCUGUGUUACGAUGGAAUGGAGGGGCUGCUCUAUCUCUCCCUCUACUCUUUCCUCUCUGCUCUGGCCUUCACUGCCAUUCUCUGCUCUCUGCCCGGUGCCUGGAGGAGCUUUCCCAGUGAAUCAGAGGAGUACGAAGACUCGGACAGCGAGAGUGAGGAUCCCUUCACCUCUCAUCAGGCACGUAGACAGACGGCCUCGGGGUCUCAGCGAGGGGCCAUGGCCCCCUUCUAUAAUUACCCGGGGGCCGGGUGGACACCCCCGUUUUCUAGCGCGCCGCCCCUCCCGACUCCAAACGUUUCCUCCAAUGGCAACCCUGGCUAUGAGAGCCUCCCCUUGACUGACAGGCAGUCCCCACCCCCCUCUUACUCUCCCAGCAUGCUGACUGGUUACGGGGGAAGUCAAUCACACCCCAACCCCGCCCAUUCGAGGAACCUGUAUUCACGUUGAUUCUUUUUUUUUUGUUAGAAAAUGUAUAGAAAAAAAAAAGGUUUAGUUUUCAUAUGAAUGGACACUUUAAUUAAAUGAAAAAGAAACUAAUCUAAAUAAAAAAAAAGAAUGCUAGGUGUGAAUUCAAAGUGCGUAACGUCAGUACCACUGAGUAUUAUUAAAAAGCACUUAAAGAAGCGGUCCUCCGCGGGCCGCUGGCAGAACCGGCAGCGGCCGCUCCUGUCCGGUUUCUGCAAAGCUUUGAACCAAGCCUGCUUGGUCUAAAUUUGUUCCCGUCGUUCGUCCAGACUCUGUGUAAACUGUGAACAGUGGUGAGGCAAGUCAGAAUGGUAUUGACGUUACUACGUUGUAGUUUUAUAUUCUUAAAUGUAUCCGUACCACCAAUUUAUUUUCAAGUUUUUAUAUAAAUAUUGUUGUAGAAAAAGCACUGGCACGUAGCAACAAGACACAUUUUUUUCUGUGAAUGGUUAUGCAGUUCUUUCACUUGGUAUGAUUUUUUUUUUUUUUUUAAAUAUUACUUUUUAUAGGUGGCAAUUCUGUAUUUUCCUUGUAUUACCUUAUGGUAUUCUAUAUAUCUCACUGUCUAUAAUAUCUCAAUACUCAUGAACCUUCGCUCUUACAAAAAAAAAAAAAAGAAAGAAAAAGAAACACUUGAGGGCUACCAAGACCCUGUUUUAAUGAUUGAAUGGAGAA